CCCCAUCACCUUGGCCCGCCAGGGGUGAGCUGGUCGUGAGCUCGCACACAGGAAUUCCUCCCGGAGCGGCGGCCGGAUACAGUUUCCCCACCUGAAGGUGGGCAGCCAAUGGGCCGGCCCGGCCAGCGGGACAAAGUCCUCAUUUACCUCGGCCUCCCUGAGCGGUUUACUGUUACGCCCUGCGCAGGGCUCCACCUGAACAGCGCUGCUGAAAGCGAACGUCGACCAUGAAGCCGCUCCUCCCCUUGUGCCGCCGCACAUGACCUCCGCUCCACAUGAGUGCCUUGGAGGAGCUCGACGAGCCCGUCGGCGCCGCGGCGAUGGCCGAGCCGUCGGCGCCGCCCCUCUCCCCGUCCGAAUACGCCCUGCUGUCGCCCCCCCCCAACCUCUGCAAGGCCUGCGGCCACAGCCACCAGCUGGAGGAGAACCACGAGUACAUCUACCAGCAGGAGGUGGACGACGACCUGAUGUGCCACAUCUGCCUGCAGCCGCUCAUCCGGCCCCUGGACACGCCCUGCGGACACACCUACUGCCAGGAGUGCCUCACCAGCUUCCUGCUGGAGAGCGACUUCUGCCCCGUGUGCCGCGCCGCCCUCAUGCUGCAGAGCUGCCGGAAGCCCAGCCUGCUGGUGCACAAGCUGCUGGACAAGCUGAGCGUGGCCUGCCCCUUCAGCGACCACUGCUCCGAGGUGCUGGGCCGCGGCGAGCUGGAGGACCACAUCAAGAGCAGGUGUAAGGGAGCCUCCCACUAUGGGCUCUCGGCGGACAGGAAGCGGCGCUCGCAGGAGGGCGACUGCACCGACAGCACAUCGGAACUCACCAUCGCCACGCUGCCUGGCGACGGGCCGGCGUCCGCCGCUGUGGCCCUCCUGUCAGACGAGCCCGGCCUGGUCAACCCCGCAUUCGACCCCAGCAUGGAGGACAACAGUCAGUCGGGCAGCUCCACCAGCCUCGCCGCCCGCGGCAGCACCAAGAAGAUCAGGAACUUCGACCGUUCCUCGGUGAGGAGCCGCUCCUUCAGGAGGCUGAACCGGGCGUUCAGCGUCCUGCGGAGGACCAAGAGCGGCAAUGCCGUGAGCAACGAGUCGUCUGAGGAGCGCGACAACGCCAGGAACUCCAGCGUGCCACAGGAAGUGCUGCCUCUUCCUCAGCUCCAUCACCUGAUCCCUGAUGGUGAAGUUACCAGUAUUAAGAUCACGCGGACGGAUCCCUCAGAACCGCUGGCCAUCAGUAUCGUUGGGGGCAGUGAGACGCCGCUGGUUCGCAUCUUCAUCCAGGACAUCUACAGGGAAGGCGUCAUUGCUCGGGAUGGACGCCUGCUGCCCGGGGACAUGAUCCUGAAGGUAAAUGGCAUCGACAUCACCAACGUCCCCCACUGCUAUGCGGUGGCAACGCUCAAACAGCCGUGCCAGCUGCUGCGGCUCACGGUGCUCAGAGAGCAGCGCCACCGCUACCGCUCGCACUCGCACGGCUACGGCCACGACGCGGUCGCCAACGUGGCCCACGGCCUGGCCCACCCCCUGCGGGACGACAGCGUGCACGUGGUCCUGAGCAAGAGCGCCCCAGAGGAGCAGCUGGGCAUCAAGCUGGUGCGCCGGCCGGAGGAGCACGGCGUCUACAUCUUUCACCUGCUGGAGGGAGGCCUGGCGGCACGUGACGGGCAGCUGUGCGUGGGCGACCGCGUACUGGCCAUUAACGGGCAUGAUUUACGAUACGGCGCUCCAGAACAUGCGGCUCUGCUUAUCCAGGCGAGCGAGGAGGCCGUCCACUUCAUAGUGUCUCGUCAGAUCUGCCUGCCUGCCCCAGACAUCCUGCAAGAAGGUCCGUGGGGCAUGGACGGUCCUCCGCCGUAUUCGCCGGUGGACAUCGAGCAAACACUGCUGGACUCCUGUCAGAAGCCGGCGUGUUACAAGAAAACAGUGACUCUGACCAAGGAGCCGUACGACUCCCUGGGGAUGACUGUGGCAGGAGGCAUGUCCAGCCGGGGGUGGGACCUCCCCAUCUACGUCACGAACGUGGACACCGAUGGAGUGGUGGGUCAGGAGGGCUCCAUCCGCAAAGGCGACAUCCUGCUAAGUGUGAACGGGCUGGACUUGACGGGGGUGACGCGAAGCGAGGCCGUGGCCAACCUGAAGAACACGUCCUCGCCCGUGGUGCUUCAGGUCUUGGAGAUGCGUCCCCCUGAGGAAGGACUGCAAGAAUGCAUGCUGCCGCCCUGCCUCACGCCCUCCCCCACAGAGAGCACCAAGAGCCCGCUGCCCAACGACGACUACUCCCCACUGUGGGUGUCAUGGCUGCAGCUACCCAGGCACCUCUACUGCUGCAAGGACAUCGUGCUGCGGCGGAGCACUUCAGGCAGCCUGGGCUUCAGCAUCGUGGGGGGUCAGGAGGAGGUCAACUGCAACCAGUCGUUUUUCAUCCGCUCCAUUGUGGAGGGGACGCCUGCCUACAACGAUGGCAGGAUAAGGUGUGGGGACAUAUUGCUUGAGGUCAAUGGGAAGACUACAUGGGGGAUGACUCACACAGCCCUUGUGCGCCUUCUAAAGGAACUUCGGGGCAAAAUAACCCUGACCAUUGUGUCCUGGCCUGGGAGCCUGCUGUAGCAGUGCCCCCCCGAGCCAUCCAGCGCUGCUUUCAAUGGCACUGACCGCGUGAUGGGGAAGGCUGAUCUUUAGACUAGCUGACCACCCUAAGCUUGCUGUGUGGAAGAAGCUUAGACUAGUGCUGUAGCUCUAUGGAUGUCUCACUUCUGACGGACAGCGGAGUUUGAAGGGGGACGGGCAAAAGGACUGGAUCGCUACCAGAGGUUUGCUUGCCCCCCCCCACACCGCUACACUGGGAGGCUGCAGGGACUGACCACUUCUAACCAGGAUGUCUGUGUCGACUAGUUGGAGGACUUACACUGUAUUGACGCUUUGCCACGGCAUCCAGUUAACGGAGUGGGAAAAUGAAGAGGAUACACGACACGUUGCCAAUUCCAAUAGUUAUAUAUUAGGGUAUGUGUUAAGUUGGACUCACAUUUCUUUAUUGUAAAUGUUGGGUGUCUAGAAAAGUACAGAUCCAAGCACUUGUAAUACAUUUCUUUUGUUUGUGGUAUGGCCUUUGAUUAUAGGCUCCAUUCUGUUUGUACUGACAGUGGUUGUCAUUUACAUCUGUUGACCUGACGACACGUUGCCAAGUAGUAGUUUGUGUUGAGGUUUGUUUCUUUUGUUUCAGAAACUAAGGAAAUAUGAUCAAACCACUGGCAAAAAAAACUAUGUUAAAAAAAAAGAUUAAUGUGUUCAUAAUAUUUAAAUAGGUAACAUUGUGGCGGCCUUAUUAAUUUUCUUACGUUUAAGAAAAGAACCUGACUUGGAUUCUGUGCAUCGGUAGAAGGUCUGCGGCCCGUCUGCUGUGGUUCUGUCUGUCACACUUUGGCUUGUGUAGUAUAUCUGAUGGUUCAUUUGGUUAUAUGAUCAAUAAAUAUGUUGAAAACA